AUGGAAGCAGGUUUAGGUUUCGACUUCUCCAAUUACGCUCGUAACAAAUCUCUCGAGCCAAAGCUUGGCAAGCCACAGUUGCUCUCCACAGGUACAACAAUUGCUGCAGCAAUUUUUGAUGGCGGCGUUGUUCUUGGUGCUGAUACAAGAGCUACAGCAGGUCCAAUUGUUGCUGUCAAGGAUGAAAUGAAGCUUCACUACAUCUCAGAUAAUAUUUGGGUUUGCGGAGCUGGCAUAGCUGCUGAUAAUGAUAAUAUUAAUGCAGUAAUUUCAGCAAAACUUCGAUUAUUCCAAAUGAACACCGGCUUACAGCCACGUGUCGAUCAAUGCACAAAUAUUCUUGCAAGUCGUCUUUUCCAAUACAUGGGUUACAUCCAAGCAGCUCUUAUCGUUGGUGGAAUUGACUUCCAGGGCCCACAGGUUUACCAGGUUGCCCCACACGGCUCUUUCAGCAAGCAGCCAUUUAUCGCUCAAGGCUCUGGUAGCUUAGCUGCUAUUUCUGUUCUUGAAAAUAGAUGGCACAAUAAAAUGAAUGAGCACGAUUGCAUGGAAAUGGUUGCCGACGCUAUCUAUGCUGGUAUUACAAACGAUCUUGGUUCUGGUUCCCAUGUUAAUUUAUGCGUCAUCAAACGCGAGAAUCCAGAAGAUAAGCAGUCAAAAGUCAUAUAUACAUUUUAUAAGGAUUAUCGUGUCCCACAUGAAAAUGAUAGAAACUUCCGCCUUGAACCUCAAAUUAAUAACAUCGAUGUCGAGGUCAUUAAGACAACAGAGAGACCACUUACACUUCCAGAUGUUCAUCUUGAGAUUUUGGACGAUGCACCAGCUUAA